AUGUCAUACACUUUACAAUUGGACGUGUUUGUGACACGGCUCAAUGACAGUGGAGAGGACUAUGCCGCGAAAUAUGUAAUACUAUCAGAAUUAUUGGAUACCAUUGAGACAUUCAAUGGGGCAGCUGAAUAUGAGUAUUUUCUCAAGAUACUAAUGCCGAUAUUUCUAAAGAUAUUUGAAAAUGUGCCCAUAUCAUUCAUUUCCACUAGCCUCGAACACAAGACGAGAAAUAGCGUUUUGGAAAUUUUACAUCGGUCAAUUAUGAAUGAUACUUUUCAGCCAUAUGCUGAGGAAAUAUUGACAAUAUUGACCAAAAUAUUGACUCAAGAAAAUGAAGAAAAUGGGGUUUUAUGUAUGAAGGUUAUUACAAGUUUGUACAAAGCAUACAAGGCUAAUUUGGCAGAGAAGGUACAACCGUUCAUUUCCAUUAUUGAGCAGAUCUACGAUAAUAUGGACGAGACCGUGAAAGAAGUGUUUGCAAACGGCGGAACUAAUAAUGAAAUUAAAGAAGAGCAAGAAGAUGCAGAGAAGGUUGAGGCCGAGGCCGAGAAAGAAGGAAAAGAGGAAGGUGAGAUAAAAGAGGAAGAAGAGAAAGAAGAGACAAGAGAGGCAAAAGAGACAGAGACAGAGACAGAGGCAAAAGAGACAGAGACAGAGGCAAAAGAGACAGAGACAGAGACAGAGACAGAGACAGAGACAAGAGAGGCACAAGAAGAAGAAAAGAGGUUAUCUCCGCCAAGCUCCUCGUCACCUGCAACAUCAUAUAAUGAAGAAACGCCAACCAAGUUGCUAAAAAGGGCAAUGUAUUCCUUCAAGACCCUUGCAGAAUGUCCAAUCACAAUGGUGUCACUUUACUCCUCAUAUAAGCAGCUUGUUUCAACUUCUUUGCAACAAUUUUUGCCCAAGAUAAUCCACAUCUUGCAAUUGCAAGUUGAACAACAAAAACAAUUUCGUGAAAAAUCGGAAAAUGAAGUGGUAACUUCUAUAUCACCAGAAAUUAAUAAUAGACAAGCAUACAGCGACUUUAUCUUAGGUCAAGUAAAAGCCGCAUCAUUCUUGGCUUAUGUGUUUAUUAGAGGCUAUGCCGGACAAUACUUGAAGCCAGAGGAGAGUAAAUGUGUGCCCGAUGUGAUUCUUAGGCUAUUACAGGAUUGUCCUGCGGAAUUGUCUGUGGCAAGAAAGGAAUUGUUGCAUGCCACUAGACACAUAUUGUCUACUCCUUUCAGAACUCAAUUUAUACCCAAAUUGGAAUUGUUGUUUGACGAAAAAAUCUUGAUCGGCGAUGGGUUAACCUCUUAUGAGACACUUAGACCAUUGGCUUAUUCAACGGUUGCAGAUUUCAUACAUAAUGUACGGAACGAGUUGACGCCAGUUCAGAUAUGGUCAACUGUUAAUAUUUAUUGUGGGUUGUUGAAAGAUGACUCAUUGGCCUUGACAGUACAGAUUAUGAGUGCCAAACUAUUGUUGAACUUGGUUGAAAAAAUAAUGAAGCUUCCAAAUAAACUCGAGGGUAGACAAUUGUUUUUGAUAAUUAUUGACUCAUAUGCAAAAAGAUUUGAAAGUUUGAAUCGGAAGCAUGAUUACAUCAUUGCAAAGCAUCAUAAACACGAAAAAAAGAAAUCUUUAAAAGAGAAGGAUACAAAGCGGGCUAUAGAGAGAUACUCGUCAAAACGGAAUAAGGUGGAAGAUGAAGAAAGGUCGGACAAGGAGAACAACGAAAUGGAUGUGGAUAAAGAAAAUGCUGAGAAAGAUGCUAAUCCAGAGAUCGAUGAAGAGCUUGGUCUUAAUAUAUUCAACAUUGAAGCAUAUUCUCCAAUUGUAGCAUCGCCAUCUAUGAGCAGCUCAGAUUUACUCAAAGAUGCACGUUAUUUAUUUAAGACACUAAUGACCUUUUUAAAAUCUGUGGUGUUUGGGUUGAAAAAUUGUAACCCACCAGUCCCACCACAACCAACCUCAAUAGAUCCCACCAAGCAACAACAGCAACCAUCGCUGCAACAACAACAACAACAGCAGCAACAGCAACAGCAAUCUCAGGUCAAUUACGAUAAAUGGAAUGAUUCUGCUAAACUAAUUUCAGUUGAGGAAGUCAAUAUCUUACGUGCAUUAUUUCGCGGUGGAGUUAGUUGUCUUCAAUUCUUUGCUGCAUCCAAGCCCAAACAAACCAUACCUCAGAAACCGUUUGACUUUUCUACUGGUGGUACCAAUUUACCCAUUACCUCAUCGAAAGAAGAAAAGGAUUUGAUGGAGAUAUUUGCCACUAUAUUUAUCAAUAUUGAUCCCGCUUCAUUUAAUGAGAUUGUCAGUUCUGAAUUACCUUUUAUGUUUGACUCCAUGUUGGAGAAUGCUGCGUUGUUACACUUGCCACAGUUCUUUCUAGCUAGCGAGGUAACACUGGCUAACUUUUUGAGCAUCUUGAUUUCUUUCCUCAAGGACAAACUUGAUCAGUUAGGACAAGGCGAUAUCAUCAGAACCAGUAUUUUGACUAGAUUGUUCAAACUAUGUUUCAUGUCGGUAAAUCUCUUCCCCGUUACAAAUGAGAGUGUGUUGCUACCACAUUUGAAUCAUCUCAUUUUGAAAUCAUUGGAGUUGAGUACAAAAACUGAAGAGCCUAUAGUUUAUUCAUAUUUGGUACGUCUUUUAUUCCGAAGCAUAAGCGGGGGAAGAUUUGAAAAUUUAUACAAGGAAAUUAUGCCCAUAUUGCCUAUUCUUUUGGAAAAGCUCAAUAAAAUGAUUGCAAAUGCAAGACGUCCUUACGAAAGAGAUAUUUAUGUUGAGUUGUGUCUAACUGUUCCUGUUCGGUUAUCUGUGUUAGUUCCUCAUCUCAGCUAUUUGACAAGACCGUUAGUAUACGCAUUAAAUGGAUCACAGGAGUUAAUAAAUCAAGGAUUACGUACAUUUGAAUUGUGUGUCGAUAAUCUUACGGCAGAGUAUUUUGAUCCCAUGAUUGAACCGGUAAUAGAUGAGAUAAUGGCUGCGUUAUGGAAGCAUUUGCAACCUGUGCCGUAUCAUCAUCAACACAGUCAUACUGCAAUUCGAAUUUUAGGUAAGUUAGGAGGCCGAAAUCAUAAGAAGUUGAAACUCGCAGAGAAUUUGCACCCCGUGACUGAUGUUGAUCAAGAAAUGAAGGCCUUGGUUCAAGUUUAUGGGUUUGAUGAUAAGGUCCCAGUGUCAGUUACUCCCGGUGUUGAAUCUGCAAUUAAAUUGUUAGAAGAUCAACGAUUGAAAUUACAUUAUAGAAUCAGCGCAUUUAGGUACUUGACUAGUAUACUUAAAUUGUUUAUCAACACUACUCCUAUCCCGGAGAAUUUUAUUCAAUAUGUUCAUGAAAGUGUUGAAUUCUUAAGUAAGGAUAGAGUAGAAGAUGUUGAUAUGAAAUUGGAAACGCUGGAUAUCAAGGAUUCGGAGAAAUUGGAUAGACAACAACAAUUAUUCGCAAAAUUGUUGGAAAUGCUAUUUUUCUCAGUAUCUAUUCCCGAGUUGAGACAGGAAGCAAGUGAGUUACUUGAUGGUUUAACUACACACUUUACUUUACUUCACCUUUCGAGUUCAGUAAUCGAUAAGAUAAAGAAAGAACGGAAAUUUUCUGUACAGGAUAACGAAGGAAAAGCUUACAUUAGUGAAGCGGCAUUUCUUAGCGGUAUUACAUAUGCUUUAAGUUUUUGGGAUAAAGAUGUUCGUGAAAAAGGUGCCGAUGCAAUCAAGAAGAUACAUGAUACAACAGUAGUUACUUUUGGAUCAGAAGAAAAUGCAUUAUACUCACCAAUAUUUCGAUCGUUAUUCUACCGAUUCACUCAUUGCUGUUAUAAUGAGUACUAUAAUGUAAAACUAGCUGGAGUGAGUGGUCUCAAGUUGUUAUUUUGUAAAUUGAAGAUUCCCCAUUCAUGGUUCUACAAAAGACAAUUUGAAGUGGUACGCUCGUUGUUUUUUAUACUUCGAGAUACUCCUGACACUGCCCCUUUAGAGGUUCGGGAAUCUGCAAAGGAAUUGGUGGUUGAUUUGUUAAGAACAUGCAACAAAGAGCUUACAAAGGAAACAGUUAUGGAAAAGCCAUUUCAAACACUAGUAGGUGCAUUAGUCUAUGACCUAGCUAGUCCAACGCCAAUGGUGAGAGAAGUGGCUCAAGAAUGCUUGCAAGUUCUAUCGCAAGUUACAUCAACACCAAUCGCCUCAAUUAUUGGACCAUGUAAACAUUUAUUGUUGACACCCAUCUUUGGUAAGCCGUUGAGAGCAUUACCUUUUCCCAUGCAAAUUGGAAAUAUUGACGCAAUCACAUUUUGUUUAGGCUUGCCAGACACUUUUCUAACAUUUAAUGAGGAACUAAACAGGUUACUCUUGGAAGCAUUAGCCUUGGUAGAUGCAGAAGAUGAAUCAUUGGCUAAUGUACAUAGAUUGAGCGAGUACCGAACAUCAAAACAAUUGAUUGAGUUGAGAGUUGUUUGCAUAAAAUUGUUAUCCUUGGCACUAUCCAAACCCGAUUUUUCAAUUGGAUCAUUAGCAGAAGCAAGAAUCAGAAUCUUGGGUGUGUUUUUUAAGGCCUUAUGUAACAAAUCUACCGAGAUUAUCAAUGCGGCGCAUCAAGGAUUGGCAUCUAGCUUACAGGAAAAUGCAAAAUUGCCCAAGGAGUUGUUACAAAAUGGAUUAAGACCAAUGUUAAUGAAUUUGUCUGACCACAAAAAAUUGACCGUAUCCGGUUUGGAAGCACUCGCUAGGUUGUUGGAGUUGUUAAUUUCUUACUUUAGAGUUGAGAUUGGAAGGAAACUACUAGAUCAUUUGAUGGCUUGGGCACAGAUUAAUACGCUCCGGCAAAUUGCUGGACAAAAUCUUGACAAUAAUCAUACAGUGCAAAUUGUUAUGGCUAUUUUGAACAUUUUCCAUUUACUACCAGCAAAAGCAUAUACGUUUAUGGAAGAGAUAAUUAAUACUUUACAAUACUUGGAAGGUCACUUGGAUCGUCAUCAAGAUUCGCCGUUUAGAAAACCAGUUUCAAAAUUUCUCAACAGGUUUGCCGAAAAUUGUAUUGAAUACUUGAUGAAAAAUUUCAAAAAUAGAAAACUAGGCAAUAUGCUUGCGUUUAUAACAGGUAUGGAUGGAUGUGAAAACCUUCGCAAAGUUGCUGAGGAAAAAAUGCAAUUUUUUAUUGAUGACGUUAAAAAUGAUACUGAUCCCGAAACAAAGGUUGUUAAAUUUGCAAAUAUUGUUGACCUUGUAGAUGCCAUUGCCAAGCAUGAUAAAGAAUGGUUUGAUGGACAAGAGGAAUUGUUGAUUACGUUAUCUCAAGUUGUUGAGGAUAUUAGCGGCAUGGUAAAGGCACCCGUAUUAUCUUCUGCUCAUUCGCAAAGUGACCAAGCAAUUACCAAAUUGCAACAUCUUGUUGUUGAAUUUUUGAAGAGAAACAAAAACCAAAUUGAUCUACUUUUCACUGUUGUCAAUCGCCAUUGUAAAUUGAAACAUAAAGUGUCUCAUGAGGUGGAGGAUUACAUAUUUAACAAUAUUGUUGCUUGCGAAGAUAUUGAGUUUAGAAAGACUUAUUUGAACAAGACCAUUGAUUUCAUAAGUAGCAACGAGUCAUGUUUGAAAUCCAAGAUUUACUUUUUAAAGAGGAUUUUCAAUCCAAUAUUUGUUUAUGAAUCAAUGAAGAGAGGCAAUGUGGAUGCAUUCUUUGUUACCGAAAAAGAAGAAGGAAGAGAAAUAGAAGAAGAAGAAGAAGAAGAAAGUACCAGUAAUAAUAAUAAUUCAUCGGCUCCACAAUGGUUGGCUGCUCUCAAUGAUAACAUAUGGAGACUGAGCAACGACUUGAUUAUUGGCCAUACUUCAGGUAAGUUGGAUAGUUACAGGUAUGCGUUGUUGGAAGUAACUGCAAUACUUUUGAAGUUAGCCCCUACUUAUGUCAGUGAAUUGCGCAAAGAUAUCAUCAAAUUUAGUUGGAAUUAUAUUAAGCUUGCAGACAGUAUCACCAAACAAGUUGCAUAUAUCACAACAUGCUAUUUCAUAUCUGCUUACGACACACCGGGAAAAUUAGCAACACAAGUGUUUGUGGCAUUAUUAAGAACUCAUCAAACAGAUUCAAGACAUUUGGUAAGACAAGCGUUGGAUAUACUUGCGCCCGUGAUGCCUGAGCGAAUGAGAGAUGUCGGGUCACCCGACAGUUGGUUGAAAUGGCCACGGCGUAUUAUUUCUGAAGACGGUUUCAAUGUUACACAAGUGCUCAAUGUGUAUCAGUUUAUUGUUCAGCAUCCUGAUUUAUUCUUUGUUGCUAGAGAACAUUUCAUUUCGAAUAUUAUCACUGCGAUGGGCAAAUUAACAAUCUUGGCAAACCCUGCGAUUGAAAAUCAAGUAUUGGCUAUUGAAUUGGCCGAAUUGAUAUUGUAUUGGGAAAGGAAGGCUAUUGCUGAAGCUAAGGCAAAGAAAAACCAGCUUGAAGACAAUGCAGAAGUUUGCAUCAACGAAGAAGAACGGGAGAAAAAGGAUGAAAAGGAAAACGAUGAAAUAGAUAGGAUCGAAGAAGAUCAAGAGAUGGCAGAUGAGAAGGAGGAGAAGGAGGAGGAGGAUAAAGAGGGAAAGGAGGAGGAGAAAGAAGAGAAGAAGAGAAACGAGAUCAAGGCGGAGCCCGAAACAUUUAAAGACAAAACCUUUGGAACAUCUUCAACCUACUCGGUUCCCUUUGGCCAAAGAGAAGCGUGCGUUACCUUUUUGAUUAGAUACGUUUGUAUUAGUCCUCAAAGAGCUUCAGAAAGCGAAUUGGGUCAAAAGGCAUUGGGAAUAUUGUACGACUUGCUUAGCCCACAACAUUGGCCAGAAGUGACAAUCAAGUUGAGGUUUUUUGAAAAAUUCUUACUUUCAAACGAUUUGAACUCAACCAAUUUACUUGGAUACUGCUUGAAUGCUUUGGAAGUGCUUGGUGUAGUUUUAGAGUGGGAAAAACCGGAAUGGAUAACUUCGAAUAUUUCAUAUUUGCAAAAAUUGCUUGAGAAGUGUAUCAAGUCGGAUAAUCAUGAUAUCCAGGAAAUUUUACAGAGAGUCUUAUGCACAAUACUUGAAGCUAUUAAUCAGCAACAGGGAAGUGAUGAGGAUGAAAAAGAAGACGAUGAUAUAAAAGAGUUUAUCAACUUGUUGACUUCUUCAGUUUCAGAAGAUUUGGGUGAUAUGCCCUCUGUUGCUGCGGGUGUUACCUUGGCUUGGACCUUGGCCCAGUAUAAGCCAACAACUUUGGAUCCUUUACUUCCUACCAUAAUGAAGACAUUUAGCAAACUUUGUAAAGACCAUAUAACAAUUACUCACCAAGGGUCUCAAGCUUCGUCGUCCAAGGACAAUACAAGUCAAGAAUAUGAAGCAAAGAUGACUACAAAGUUGCUUGAGAAAAUCUUGAACUUGUGCUCAAUGAGAAUAUCGAAUCUCGGAGAUCAAAGAAGAAUAUUUUUAUCAUUGUUGGCUCAAUUGAUUGAAAGAAGUUUGGAUAAAGAUACUUUGGAAAAAAUUAUUAAAAUGGUCAAGGGUUGGGUGUUUUCAAGGACUAACUUGUUUCCUACUACAAAAGAGAAAGCUGCUAUUUUGUCAAAGAUGAUGGUAUUUGAAGUAAGAGGUGAACCGACUUUGUCUAAAGAGUUCUACCAAAUUAUUGUUGAUAUUUUUGAAGAUGACUCCUUUAGUUGUUCUGAGUUAACCGUUCGCAUGGAACAGCCAUUCAUGGUUGGCACUAGAGCGCUUGAUGUUUCAAUCAGGCGUAAGUUGAUGUCAAUUUUAAACAAUAGUCUUGAAAAGGACAUCACCAAAAGGUUGUACUAUGUCAUUCGAGAACAAAAUUGGGAGUAUUUAGCAGACUAUCCUUGGUUGAAUCAAGCAUUACAACUUUUGUUUGGCUCGUUCAAUUUGGAUGCAAAGAUAGCCUUUGUUGCUGAUGAAAACAAACUUGCUCCUAUUGAGACAUUGAAUUUCCCCACAAGCGAUAAAAUGGAAGUUGACUCCAAUGAGAAAUUGAGUGAGUUGUUGAAAAUACAUUCACAGUUUUUGAAUGAAGUUGCUGAAUUGAAAGCUUCUGAUGUUUUCGAGCCACUUAUGGAUAUGUUUUAUCAAAGCAGUGAAUCUGUUCACCGGACUUGGGCAUCCAUAUUUCCAGUUGCUUUCCAAUCCAUUUCAAGAUCAGAACAUCUAGAUUUUACAAGAUACUUGGUUAUUUUAUUAUCAAAAGAUUAUCACACACGUCAAAUAGACAUGCGUCCAAAUGUCAUCCAAUCGUUGUUAGAGGGUAUCUCACGUUGCUGGAACUUGCAACUACCGCCAUUUGCUGUUGAAUGUUUGGCAACAAACUAUGACGCUUGGUCUCAAGGUCUUCAUAUUCUUGAAAGCAUGAAUGAGGAGUCUGUCAAUGCCAAUGCAGAUGUUCGUGACGUUAUUCAGGAUGCCUUGACUAAGCUAUACGCAACGUUAAAGGAAGAAGAUAUGUUUUACGGUAUUUGGCGAAGAAGAGCAAAGUAUACAGAAACAAUAUGUGCCUUGUCAUACGAACAAAUCGGACUUUGGGAUAAAGCCCAACAGUUAUACGAGACAGCACAGAUCAAAGCUAGAAGCGGCGCAUUACCAUAUGGCGAGUCUGAAUAUGCUUUAUGGGAGGACCACUGGAUCUUGUGCUCUGAAAAACUACAACAUUGGGACAUCUUAACGGAUCUAGCUAGACACGAAGGAUUUUCUGAUUUAUUAUUGGAAUGUGGGUGGAGAGUAGCGGAUUGGUACAACGAUAGAGAAACAUUAGAUCAUACUGUAAAGAAUGUUAUGGAUAUUCCUACUCCUCGUCGACAAGUAUUCGAGACCUUUUUAUGUCUACAAGGUUUUGGUCAAGAAAAGGAAUCUUUGCAAGAUUUAUCUCGUUUGUGUGAUGAAGGCAUUCAACUUGCUUUGAGAAAAUGGCAUGGCUUGCCAACAAGAUUCACCAAUGCCCAUAUCCCCUUGUUGCACACAUUCCAACAAUACGUUGAGUUUAUGGAAGCAAGUCAAGUGUAUGCUAGCUUGGUCAGCACGAAUGCGCAAAACUUGGACGUAAAAUCCCAAGAACUAAAACGGGUAUUGCAAGUUUGGCGUGAGAGAUUGCCUAAUAUGUGGGAUGAUAUAAAUAUUUGGAACGACCUAGUGACUUGGCGUCAACAUGCUUUCCAAGUUAUCAACAAGGUCUAUAUGCCCUUUAUUCCAGGGUUACAACAGUCUAGUUCUGGAAGUAAUGCUAAUUCGUAUGCUUACAGAGGUUUUCACGAAAUUGCAUGGGUUAUCAAUAGAUUUGCACAUGUGGCAAGAAAACACAACAUGCCUGAAGUUUGUAUUAAAGAGUUAACAAGAAUCUACCAAUUACCAAAUAUCGAAAUUCAAGAAGCAUUUUUGAAAUUAAAGGAACAAGUCAAAUGUCAUUACCAAAAUCCAAAUGAGCUCAAUACUGGUCUUGAUGUUAUCAGCAACACAAAUUUGGUCUACUUUGCCACUCAACAAAAGGCCGAAUUUUUCACACUCAAGGGUAUGUUUUUGAACAAAUUAAACCAGAAGGACGAAGCUAACAAAGCUUUUGCCACAUCAGUUCAAAUUGAUCUCAACUUACCAAAAGCUUGGGCGGAAUGGGGUAUAUUUAAUGAUCGCAGAUUUAAAGAACAUCCCGAUGAUAUGGUUUACGCUAAUAAUGCAAUUAGUUGUUAUUUGCAAGCUGCUGGAUUAUACAAGAAUGGCAAAACUAGAAAACUUUUGGCUAGAAUAUUGUGGUUGAUCAGUUUGGAUGAUGCUUCGGGCACAUUGGCACAAGCGUUUGAAAACUUUAGAGGAGAAGUUCCUGUAUGGUAUUGGAUUACGUUUAUUCCGCAAUUGUUAACUUCUCUAUCUCAUAGAGAAGCAAAACUAGCCAAACAGAUUUUGGUCAGAAUCGCUAAAAGUUACCCACAAGCAUUACACUUUCAGUUGAGAACUACAAGAGAAGAUUUUGCAGCUCAGCAACGACAAGCGAUUGAAAUAGCACGUCAACAAGCUGCUGCCGCUGCUGCCUCUACUCCUGUUGCCCCAGCUUCUGUGCCUGCUACCACCGCUGCCCCUGGUUCCACCAAUCUAAGCGGGAACGAUAAAGAAGAAACCGGUCAGAAUGGUGAGAAAGUGGAUGCUCCAAAUGGUCAUCAAUCACCAAGAUCAGCGCAAUCACAGUCGCCUACACAAACCACUAGUGCUCAAGCUCUUCCUUUUUCACAAGCGACGACAGCAGCAGCGGUACCACCACCACCACCACAACAACAACAACAACAACCACAACAACCACAACAACCACAACAACCACAACAACCACAACCUCAGUCCUCACCCCCACCUAUUCCAUUAUCUAUUCGCCAACCACUAGAACAUGUUGAAGAAAUAAUGGCUAUUUUGAAAACAGCUUACCCAUUAUUAGCAUUAUCAUUGGAAUCAUUGGUGGAUCAAAUUAAUCAAAGGUUUAAAUGUACACCGGAUGAAGAUGCGUACAGAUUGGGUGUUGCAUUGCUUAAUGAUGGUGUUCAGUACUUAAAUAGGUUGGGAAACCCAAGAGAUGAUGCUAAAUUACCUCCUGUGACUGAAGCAAAUAUCACUAGAUUUGCUGAGACCGUAUUGCCCAAACAAAUUAGAGCAGAAUUUGAAAAAGAUUUGGUGCUUUCUGAGCCAAAUUUGCAAACUUAUAUCACGAAAUUGAGGAAGUGGAGAGAUCGAUUAGAAGAUAAAUUGGAUAGGAGAACUACAAAAGUCAACUUGGAAAACUUGUGUCCACAUUUGAGUGAAUUUCAUCAUCAGAAAUUCGAGGAGAUUGAGAUUCCUGGACAGUAUUUGUUGAACAAGGACAACAAUAGUCAUUUCAUCAAGAUUGAGCGAUUUCUUUCUACUAUUGAUUUGGCUCGUGGAACAAACGCAUGUUAUAAAAGAUUGAGAAUUCGUGGCCACGACGGUAGCUUGCACACUUUUGCCGUGCAGUUCCCAGCAGCAAGACACUGUCGUCGGGAAGAAUCAGUAUUUCAAUUGUUUAGAAUCUUUAAUGAUAGCAUUUCAAGAAAAGUGGAAACAAGAAAAAGGAAUUUGCAGUUCACUUUGCCGAUUGCUGUUCCAUUAUCACCACAUAUUCGUAUUGUUAAUGAUAAUGUUUGUGAUAUCUCAUUACAGAAAAUUUAUGAAGGUUACUGCAAAAAAAAUGGAAAGAGUAGAGAUGAACCAUUUAUUUAUACUGUUGAAAAGUUGAGAGCUGCAUUUGACCAAAGAUUGCCUAAACCAGAUUUGGCCAGUAUUCGGGUAGAGAUUUUAAGUGCCAUUCAAACAUUAUUAGUUCCAUCAACUGUGUUGAAGAAAUUCUUCUUGGAGCUUUAUCCGCGAUUUGAUGAUUUUUGGUUGUUUAGAAAACAAUUUACUUUACAAUAUGCUUCAUUUAUAUUCAUUACAUAUAUGAUGUGUGUCAAUGCUAGGCAACCACAAAAAAUACAUGUGGGUAAGAAUACAGGAAAUGUGUGGACCUCAGACAUGUUACCAUCCAAGAUACCAAACCGCAACUUAAUGGACCCCAAUAAUCUGCAAGUUAAACCAACAUCGAUCUUUGUAAAUGCAGAACAAGUACCUUUCAGAUUAACGCCUAAUAUCCAGAAGUUGAUUGGGGAAAAUGGAUUGGAAGGAGUAUUGGCCGUGAGUGUGUUGUGUAUUGCAAGAGCUUUAUUAGAGCCAGGGUCAGACUUGGAGCAAUAUUUGACAAUAUACGUUAGAGAUGAAGUGAUUUCUUGGUUGUCUCAGAGUAGUGAGUACAAGAAUGCUUCAAUUGCACAACAGGACAAACAACUUCGUGAAAUUGUAAAGUUGAAUGUUGAGAGUAUAACAAAGAGAGUAAUGAAUAUGGGCCACAUUGCAUCGAAUGGCGGUGUAACCACACAAAAUGUGUUAGAAUUAAUAUCACAAGCUGUUAAUCCUCGUAAUUUAGCAGCCGCUGAUACCUUAUGGAUGGCCUAUUUUUAG